AUGGAACCGUGGACCUGGUGGUGGUGGUGGUUAUCGUGGUGGUGCCCCAGUCAAACAAAUCCAAACCUUAAUUUAGCUGCUGCUGGGCUUACCCCUGGUGGUAUUGGUGGAGCUGAAGGACCUAAUCGUAUAUUUGUUGGGGGUUUACCGUAUCACUUUACUGAGGUACAGAUAAGAGAGUUGCUAGAAUCCUUUGGACCGCUGCGUGGGUUUGAUCUUGUGAAGGAUAGAGAUACUGAAAACUCUAAAGGAUAUGGUUUAUGUGUCUAUGAGGUGAUCAAUGCUGAUAAAUUGAUGGAUGAUGGAGAAUAUGAAGAAAUAUUAGAGGAUAUGAGGGAAGAAGGACGAAAAUUUGGUAACCUUUUCAACAACAACAUUCUACUUAAGCAGGUGAGUAAUCAAGAUUAA